UGAUUUCACAACAAGACCACAGCGUUAUAUCUGACUGUUGCAGCACCAGCUAUACUUGGACAGCGAGAUGGGGAAAGAUUACAAUCUUGCGCUUGCCUGCCUACUGUUACCUGCUAAUCCAAAAGGUGUAUCUUGAGGUCUUAUUUCCCGGACCAUGUGUCAUUUUACCUGAUAACCUUGCUUUUUACUGUGUCUUGGUCUCAUGGCUGCUGGAGGAAGUGAUGCAGUUAUGAAUCCAGCAGAAUGAAGAACUUUGUCCUGUGCUCCUUCAUAUUUGAACUGCAUCUGCGUGCAAGAGCAUCACACAGUUUUUAAGUGACUCUGCACCUCAUCUAAAGCUGCUGUGGUGAGUGUGUGACAGAGUGUUUGUGUUGUGUGUAUGAAAGUGGCUGUGCAUGUUUGCCUAUUCUUGUCAUUUCCUGCUGAUGGUCAAGUCAUGCCACGUCGAAGAGAUGCCAGCAACAACUGUUGCCUCCCACUUCACCUGAAUGAAGACAAUGCCCGUUUCGGCUUGUUGGCAGCCCUCAUCCUGCUCUACCUGCUGUGUGGCGCGGUGGUGUUCUCCGCACUCGAGCAUCCCUCUGAGGUGCAGGCUCACCAGCGCUGGGAAGAACAGCUGGCCAACUUCACAGAGCAAAACAGUGUUCAUCUCAAAUCACUGCAGGUCCUGCUCAGGCAAUAUGAGGAGGCCUUUGCAGCUGGAAUCCGGGUGGACAAACUUAGGGCCCGCUGGGAUUUCUCAGGCGCCUUCUACUUUGUUGGUACAGUGAUUUCCACUAUAGGUUUUGGCAUGACCACUCCUGUCACCGUUGCAGGUAAGAUCUUUCUGAUAUUCUACGGACUCCUCGGCUGUGCAGCAACAAUCCUCUUCUUCAACCUGUUUCUGGAGCGCAUCAUCACGAUGCUGGCCUACAUUAUGCGCUGGUGUCAUGAGCGCCAGCUUCGGCGGUCCGGCGUGGGAGGAGAGGAGGCCAGAAGUGAGGACGACAGUCUGGAGGGCUGGAAACCUUCAGUCUACUACGUGAUGCUCAUUCUGGGCAUCGCUGCCCUGCUGAUCGCAUGCAGCGCGUCUGCUUUGUACUCUGCCAUGGAGGGCUGGGACUACUUUGAAUCCUUUUACUUCUGCUUUGUGGCCUUCAGCACUAUUGGAUUUGGGGAUGUGGUGAGCAGCCAGCGGGAAAACUAUAAAGCUCAGGAGGCCUACCGUUUCGGCAACUGCCUCUUCAUCCUGAUGGGUGUGUGUUGCAUUUAUUCCCUGUUCAAUGUCAUUUCCAUCAUUAUCAAGCAGACGCUCAAUUGGAUCCUCGGCAAGCUGGAUUGCAGUAGGACCCAGUGUCCCUGUCGUGGUCGUCCAUACAGGCGGCGAGGUCGGGCCUGCGGUUGCUGCUGUUUUCCACGUAUUCCCAACCAGCGCCACAACCACCAUCCUCCACCAGGAAAUUCCCGACAGAGGGCACAAAAACGUAACGCUGUGCACCCUGCCCCAGCAAAUGAAGCGUCAGGAAAGCGCUUCACUAAUGCAUCAGUGGAAACAGUUUGUGAUAGUGAGACUGAUGCUGGCUUAGGACCAGAUGGAGGUUAUCUGACAGGGCGCAGACUGUCUGGAGAAAUGAUCUCAGUCAAUGACUUUAUGGCCAACAAGGUUUCUCUGGCCAUUCUGCAGAAGCAACUCUCAGAGACCGCUCACGGUAAUCCAAGACAGAGCCAUGUUCGCCAGAAUGGCUUUUCUGGUGGAGUGGGAGCUUUUGCUAUCAUGAAUAACCGCCUUCAGGAGACCAGCGUAGACAGGUAGCUCGCUUAUACAAAGAUGAUGCUGGACAUACAAACACUACUUGCAUAUACAGAAGAUGUCUAUCUUUCAGAAUGACUUUGAGGAUGAGGACAGCUUUAAAUUGCAGGACAUUUAAUGAAAAACUGGAUGCAGAAAUGUAAUUUACAAUGUAAGAAAGCUGAGAUGAAGUUAAUUACAAUGUCAGGCAAUUGAUGGACAUUUAUAUUCACAUAGCUAAUUUUUUUGUUUUUAAUAAUUUUUUUAGAGGUUUUCACCUUUAUUGAUAGGACAGUGGAGAUAUAGAGACAGGAAAGUGUGGGGAGCAGAGAUAGGGGAAGGAUCAGUUCGGAAAUCGAACUUGUGUCACUGCGAGCACCUCAUUGCUAUGUGUCGACGCACUAACCACUAGGCUGCUGGCACCGACACAUAGCUAAUUUUUAAGAAGUAAAGCAAAGUUUAAGUUUGGUAAAAGGGAUGUUUCACUGAAAUUGAAAAUUAAGGCCAUUUCACAUCAACACAGGAUUGCAAGACUUUGUUCAUCUCUUAAAAACAAAUGAAAAUUUGUUUUGAUGAAUAAUAGCCUGUUCAUAUGUGAAUAUACUGUAUGCCUAAACAGAAUUAGAUUCAUGUAAAGUAUUAAGUUCUCUUUCGAAGAUUGGGAUUAAACCAAUUUUUCAUUUUUGGAAUGAAGGGACAGAAAUCUCUCAGGUUUCAUUAAAGAUUAGAGAUGAACAGAAGUCUUGUGGGCUUGGAGUGACAUGAGGGUGAGUAAAUUAUGACAAAAUUGUCGCUUUUUUGGUGAACAGUUUUUUUAAAAAGCAUUUUUAAAAAUUUGGUAAAAUACAUAUGGUGUAUAAGUCUCACAGUCAAAUACUGUAGAAAUGUUUAAAAGGCCAGCUAUACAACUUGUAAUCUAAAUAUGGCAAAUUAGGACACUUUUCAAUGGUCAUUUCAAAAGCAAAAAGUGUGCCAAUUGACCUGAAUUCACCCCCAGUAUUUAGAUAUUUAAAAAUAUUUUCUAAAUGAAAUGACCGGUGUAAGCAUUUAUUUUCCCAGAUUUUGUUUGGAAUUAGAAUUAAAAAAUUACUCUUAUUAUUCCUAGUCAAACUUUUUCCUAUCGAAUUUUGGAAAAUUGUUUAGUUCUGUUUAUUCCUGAAUGAAAUAACGUUACUACCAAAAGUCCCUAAGGUAUUGAGUAUUCUAUGCACUACCUGACAAAAGUCUUAUCGCCUAUUUAAGUUUUAGAAGCAAC